AUGUAUCGUGAUUGUACUGCAACGCACCGAAUCGAAAAGAAUCAAGCGAGAAAAAAAUAUCCAGCCACUAAGUCGCGCGUACCGCAAAGGAUCGUACGGCCGAAGGUACCAAGCACACCAGCGAUGUUGAAUGGCCAGGAAGGUGGCCACUCCUCGGGGCUGGACACGAUAGCGAAUGUGAUUGGCCUGCGGGGGGUCGGUACGUCCUCGCUUGCAACUUUCGUGGAGAUGUGGUACCACAUUUUCCUGUGGGCACUCUUCUCCUCCAUCUUCGUGCACACGUGCGCCGCCGUGAUCGCGUUCGUGACGCUGCGGAAGCACAAAUUCGGGCGCUUUUUUUCCAUCUUCAUAUUCGUGAUGGGCGUCCUGUCGCCGGCGACCGGUGGCGUCGUCAGCAGUACCGUCAUUGCCUUUGUACAUCGAGCGUCCAGCUUCCAGAUGUCCCCGAUCGUCGCGAUGAUCUGGGGCGUCGGUCAGACGAUCGUGUCCGCUUGCUUCGGGUUUACGCGCAUUCUUGCGACGCUGUAGUUCUUACGCGCGCUGGCGGACACUUUCGACACCCUUUGUCCCUCUGCCCCCCAACGGUAUCCAGUCCUUCGUAUCUGUCACUCUCUGGCUUGGUUUGGCUGCGCUGCCGUUGCUGGAGAAAGUUCGCUCGGAAGACUGGUAUUUUGCGAAGCCCAUGGUGGUGCGAUUGUGAUAUUGAGCGCAAGUGGUAGAGAUAGUUUGCGGUAGGAAAAGAAAGAAAAGUACCCCUGUUAGUUUCGGUUAACUGCGUGAACAGAAGAAGGAAAAUAUCUAAACUAAAUCAGAAAUUGCUGUAGAAACGGUAUCAGCACACAUUAGGGAAAAUUGAAGUAGGAAGGAAGGAAGGGAAACGAUACACAUCACAAUACAUCACCUGUUCGCAGUAGGUUAGGGCACGUCAAACCAAAAAAAACUGCCCUCAUUCUUAUUAGUUUGUGCCGAAGAGCUUAGGGGUAACAUGAGCACGUCUGAUAGGGAGAGAAACUGCGUUCUAAACAAGUGUUCCAGCCAAGGACGAUUCGGAUAAGGCAAUUUUAUUUUGGUUUUGUAUUAUUUCUUUAUUUUCGAAUAUAAGCUAGGCAAAACAAAAGUAAACCCAAUAAGAAACAUUUACCAUCCCGGGAGGAAACUGGGAGGCACAAUCAUUCAUACUUAGAAAAACCAAUAGGCAUAGGUUAACGAUGGUCGUAAGCUGUAAAAACAAGGAAAGGGAAACAAAGCAAACGUAAACUAAUUUACCAAGUAACAAGGGACCGCAUGACGCACGGGAAGUGAAGCGUCAUGAUUUUGUGGGGAAGGCUCGAGAGAGCGAGCCCAGCUAUCGAUAAUCGUAGCCCGGUAUCAUCCAUAAACAGGUAUCGAAAGAUAAGCCAAUACAAAGCGGCAGAAAACAUGUGAUUUGCCAACGAAGGACGAAACUCGUGCGAUAACAUUGCGCCCGGAAUCGCUGCGAGCGUUUAAGGACGACAUAAUCGCAAGGAAUGGUAUGUGUGUUCCAUGUGUGUGCUUUCCAUUUCAGCAGCUUCGAAUAGAGCAAAACAAUACUUAGUCACAAUUAUUAGUAAUCUACGACAAGAGGAGAAAGAGCAGACAAAAAAAACGAAUCGAGACAUAGUGAUCCAAUAUCUUAAGUCAAACAUGCUAGAUAUACAAUACUAAAGAUAUGCGAAUGUUUUCCACCUGUCUGGUGGGAAGGGAGUAUUUAUUUGUCGGCUUCUUUUGUUUAAUUUUUACGCGCCAUACUUCCACCGUGGUGCAGCAUUUUUUGUUAUAGUUCGACUACCAAUUGGAAAAAAGUUCUUCUCUACCAAAGAUGAAACAAGUUGCAUCACAAGCGAAGCAUUUCUUACAGAGAUCAUAUUUCGUUUUAAAAAGGACUAGGAUUUUAACGAAAUAAGACGUUAUUUUUGAGUUCGGCCUCAAUAAUCCUCUUUUAGAACAGUUUAAUGUGUUAACUUCUGGUUCGUCUAGCCACUUUCUGUUGUAUUUCUUCUUUUUAGAUCAAUGUUUUAUGUCGUAAAGCAACGGAUAUUUAAGUCUAGAGAGACGAAAACCCACGUUGUAUAGUUUCGUUCGGUAGUUUUAGCUGAGAAAAUGGGUUUGCAGGAUAAUUUCGGAUUAUGUAUCGUAAAAUGUUUUUUUAUUGGA